AUGAGUUGCUUCAAACUCCCCUUGGGUUUAUGCUCCGAAAUUGAAAGUCUUAUAAGGAAGUUUUGGUGGGGUCAGAAAGGAGACAGGAGGAAGAUUCAUUGGGUUAAGUGGGAAACUCUAUGCCUUCCAAAAUUUGAAGGGGGUAUGGGCUUCAAAGACUUGGCCCUCUUCAAUGAUGCACUAUUAGCCAAACAAGCAUGGAGACUUUUGCACAACCAGAAUUCCCUAUUUUAUCAAGUCUUCAAAUCAAAGUUCUUUCCGGAUUACUCGUUUAUGGAGGCUUCAGAUUCUCAUUCAGGUUCCUAUGCUUGGCAAAGUAUCCUAAAAGGGCCUGAAGUUUUGUUGAAAGGUGCUAAAUGGAGAGUAGGAAGUGGGGAGUCCAUUAAUGUGUGGCUGGAUGCUUGGCUGCCAUCAUUGGAUCACCCACGGAUUCAAUCUCCAAUUGUUGAAGGUUUUGAGGAUAUCAAAGUCCACGAUCUCAUUGAUCCGGUGACACACAGUUGGGAUGACUCUCUAAUACAUGGACUAUUCAAUACACAGGAGUUCUUAGCAAGUGAAGGGCUCAACAAUUGGUCUCCUAGGCACUCAGAUCGUAACAGUGAGUUGUGGAAGCUGAUUUGGGGUCUUGAUGUCCCAAACAAAGUCAAAAACUUUGUAUGGAGGUCAGGUAAGGAUGCUAUUCCAGUGAAGGCAAACUUGCGGAGGAGGAAAAUCUUAAAUGAAGGCACAUGUGAUCACUGUGGGCAAGAGGCAGAAUCGGUCUUACAUGCAAUAUGGGAGUGCUCAAAGCUUAACCCAAUUUGGGACGCCAUUCCAAAGUUCUCUUUCCGUCAAGUUCACUCAUUUGCAGAUAUAAAAGAGUUGAUCCUCUAUGUCUCAAAUGUAAGUAAUAAGGUGGAAUUAAUGGUGGUCAUUAUGUGGAACAUUUGGUUCCGCAGAAAUCAGUUGAGAGUGAGCAACAAAGAUCACCCAAUAUCGCAGGUGAUUCCAACUUCUCAUCAAGCCUUACUGGACUAUCAACGGUCAAGCAACAUGCAGCGAACUCAGAGGGUUAACCCACCACCAAACCGAGUUGCAUGGACCCUUCCACCUGAUGGUUGUGUAAAAAUCAAUUUCGACGGAGCAACAUUCAAUGACAUAAACUAG